CGUGGAAUAGCUCCUGUCGAUUGUUUAUUAUGGACAUAAGACGAGUAUACAUCAAAUCAUGGCCGACCCAUUUCAAAUUGGGUUAUCGAACUUCAAGAAUCGAUUGACUCAAGAGGAGCAGCUGAGGUCCUAAACUACGACCGACACUGGAUGGCUUUAAGGCCUCUAUGUUGAAGAUACAAGACGAUUAAAGCCAGCGCAAGAGCAUGAUGAAUCUUUCUCGUGUCGAAACCUUCAUUGAAGCAUUUGAGCAAUAUUCAAAUGUCAUCGAAGUUUUCCUCAACACCUCUUCGAUAUUAUGUUUCGUUUAGAGCCCGAUGAAAUUCUGUCCUCAGGUAUGUGCUUAAAAAUUAAUCGGUGUGCCCUGUCCUGGAUAGUGUGUAAUAUAAGACGCUCCCUGAACUUUGGCAGAAUUUACCGAAAUUUACAGGUUGUAAGUUAAUGGGCCGAUUCUUUCGAUACAAUAUUGGAUGCGUAUCAGCAGCUUGCUACAUCUCUCUUCUCAGUCCAUACAUGGAUUUAUUCAGAAGCAAUUCACAAAUGAUUCACGUACUUGCAUUAUUCUAUGAGGACAUACUGGAGUUUCACCGAGCUGCACUUAGAGUUUCAGCAAACCAAAUAUGUUACCCUUCAAUCUUUCGUCGGAUUAUGGUCACUUACAUCUCAGCGUGGAAACAAAUAUUUAGGGCGACAUGGAAAGACUUUGAUAGCAAAUUCAGCCAUAUAAUAGACGGAUUAGACAGGCACAAAAGUCUAGUAGGAAGUUAGGCGACAAUUUCACAAUUCGAAAAGCGGCAAACGGAGCAUGCCAAAACCGAAACUUCAUUCGCAGCUAUUCAGGACUCGAUCCUUUCUAUCCAAAAGUACCAGAAGGAGCAUCUUAGCCGGAAAAAAAAAGCAGUUUGAGGCUAUUGAAAAGGAAGAUAACAAGCGUCAACGGCUUGCAUUGCUAGACUGGCUCGCUGCCACAGAUCCAAUACUCAAUCAUGAAACUGCGGUGGCUAUGCGAGCCGAUUAUCCUCCUCGGGUAAUAGGAUUUUGAAAGAGCAAGACAAAAGCAUGGCUUGAUCCGCAGCAGUCAACUACUUCGCUCUUAUGGAUUAAUGGCAUUCCCGGAGCAGGUGGG